AUGGACCUCUUUGGAGCCGCGCGCGAUGAGUGCGAUGUCUACCGGAGCCCUGGCUUCGUCCAGCUGUUUGUGUCAAGUAUCUUGGUGAUAGGUAUUCUCUUCUCCUACCUCCCCCAGCAUUAUCGCAUCAUCUCGCGCGGUACUUCUGAAGGGAUAUCGCCCUACUUUGUGCUGCUGGGGACGACUUCGGCAACCGCCGGUUUCGGCAACAUCCUCAGCACACAAGAGUCCCGCACGGCCAUGGGAUGCUGUAAGGAGCUCGAUGGCUACCAAUGUACGGCCGGUCUCUUGGGCGUCGCCCAAUUUGGCACGCAAUGGGUCUGCUUUAGUCUCAUCUUGGUGCUCUUCCUCAUCUUCUUUCGCUACAAGGAAGCGGCCGUCCCUCAGGAGGAGCUUAGAGGGCAAGCUCCAGGCUGGCGCACCGCCAUCACCGUCGGGCUGCUUUGUGUCAUCCACGGCCUCUUUGUCAUCAUCUUGACGGGGUACUUUUUCCUCGCGCGCCCCAAGCAACUCAAUUCUUGGGCCAACUUUCUCGGUAUCAUGAGCACAGCCCUUGCGUCGGUCCAAUACGUGCCUCAGAUCUAUACAACAUAUCGCCUCAAGCACGUAGGCAGUCUCAGCAUCCCCAUGAUGUGUAUCCAGACACCCGGCGGCCUGUUGUUUGCGUUCAAUCUCUACGUCAGGCUGGGUUGGGAGGGAUGGAGUACGUGGAUGAUCUUCCUGUUUACUGCCGCCAUGCAGGGUGCCGUUCUCUUCAUGGGCAUCUACUACGAGGUGACACGUCGUUCUCCUCCCGAGAACGAAGGCGGUAUUACAUGGGUCGACAACGCGCCCAGCGUGCCCGGAUCACCUGACGAGCAACACCACCCACGCCGCCGACCGCAACCCAAUCGCACAUACUCGGAAGGCCUCGAGCGUGGCCUGCCUGGGCCUUUUACCGGCCAUCCCGAGCUCUACGCCGACAACGAGGAUGAGCUGGAGCAAUUACACGAGCGCGAACAGCGUGCCAUUCUUCGCGAAUCGCAACCGCUGCUCAAACCAGGGGGCAUUGGACACCCGCGACAGGACUACAGCGGGUAA